UUUAAUAAUUUUGGAGCGCGCUGGGUUUUGCGGAAAGAAAUACAAUUUCUAAUAGAUACAGCAAGCUACGCUGCAUUUUCAUCAUUUUGUGUAGUGCGGAACUGUACCUGUUAUCGACUGAGCAACAAUUUGUCGAAAAUGGCAGACGAAGGAAACGAAGAUAGUUGGUUGUACGGUGGUUCCCACCAGGAUGGCAUUGCGGGAGGCGACUCGAUUCCAGCUACCGAGACCGACGGUGCCGGUAGCGAGAAAAAUCCCUUGUGGGACGAAGAACACGAGGAAUCAUCAUCAGCGGCCAUGCACGAUGCGGGAGACUUUGGUAAAAAGCGUCGUGCCUCUAACGAACCAAAAAACACGGAUGAAACUUCCGGCGAGGUCUCAUCAGCCACCGCCGGUAACGGAUUAUCCAGCCACGACCAGCAGUGCGACGAUAAUGCCAUGGAUGCAAGCGAUUUGCAGGAAUCAGGGGGCGUAGGAGACGAACCGGAUGAAAGCCAGGACGAUUCACAGCUGAUGGAUGAUGAUCCGAUCGAAUCUGGCAAACGUAAACAAAGCGAUGCAAGUGCCAAGGAAGGAAGUGGCCGUUCGGAAGGGAAAGACGAGGGUGAUGAUGGAGAGUAUAAAGAAAAGCGGAAACAAUCGUCCGGAGAGGAAAAGGUUGGGGAUGACAAUGGAAAAGAUAAGGGAGGGCUCAGUGACAUGGAGAGCGACAUCGAUAGUGACGAGGACGACGAUAUUAAUGUCGUGAUCGGAGACAUCAAAUCUGGACCUAGCUAUAACAUCAUCAAACAGCGUGGCCCCAUUUUACCCAACCAGACGGCAUCGAAUGCGGCUGGCGUAACGGACAAAACGAAGCAACCGGCAGGGAAGUUCAGCAUGGAAGAGUUCGAAAGUGUUGGCACAAUAAAUGGUGUGCCAGCACACGAGUUUAGCAUCGACUCGCUGGAUGAGAAACCGUGGCGUAAACCCGGUGCGGACAUUACCGAUUACUUCAAUUACGGAUUCAACGAGGAAACCUGGCGUUCAUACUGCGAGCGACAGAAGCGUAUGCGGCAGCACGAAAGCGGUGUGGGAAUGGCCGGCCUGACGAUUAACAAUCCGCAGGCGGCUCCACCGAUCGGCAUGAACAUGGGAAUGCGAGACAUGCGACGAUCGGGUGGACCGAUGGGCGGCGGACCGAUGGGUGGACCGAGAAAGAUGAACGGUCCGAUCGAGGUGAUCGGUGGUGGACCGGGCGGACCGAUGGGCGGAGGGCCAAUGGGUGGUGGAGGUGGAGGUCGGCGUGAUGACGGCAUGGGAAUGUCGAGUCAACCUAAGGAAAAUGUAAUUCAGGUGAUGACGGCCGAUCGCCGAGAGUACAGUCGGACCGUUGUUGGUAACAAGUACGAGCCAUCGAUGGGAGGACCACCAGGUUUCGGCGGAGGACCACCAGAUUUUUACCUACCAGAGGUCGAAUAUUCCGAUUACUACGAUCCUAUGCAGGAGACACAGUGGGGUAACGACAAUGGCAACUGGCAACCGUCAGGCAUUAAAACACUUACACCCGGACCACCGAUGAUGGGUCACCCGGGAAUGGGUGGUAUGCCCCCACAACAGCAACAACAGCACAUGGAUAUGAUGGGAGGCGGUGGAGGUGAGAGGAUGGUCAUGCCACCACCCCAACAGAUGCAACCCGGUAUGGGCCCCGGAGGUCCCGGAAUGGGUCCCGGUGGAGGAAGGAUACAUCCACCCGGAAUGCCCCCAGGCGCGCGAGGUGACAUUCGAAAUCCGAACGAUCGUAAGCGAGGAGAUCCGCGCGAUCAGCGGGAUCGUGAUCGGGAACGAGAACAACGCGAUCGCAGGGACCGGGAGCGAGACCGUGAGCGCGAACGAGAGCGUGAUCGUGAUCGAGAGCGCGAACGGGAGCGAAAGGAACGCGAGCGGGGUGAGCAUAGAUCCGACCGUGAGGGUUCUGUUGUCGUCCCCAAGGAGGAGGUACCUGGAGACGGGGCGGUCGCUCUAGGUGCGGCAGGAACAAUAAUCCCGGUUGGUACUCCAUCACUACCAGCCACCUCCGGAUCUCGGGACGAUAAAGACAAACGUUCCACAAAACCAGAUCGGCAUAAAGAUCGCCACCGCGAACGUUCCCGAAGCCGAGAGAGGUCCAAAUCGCGACGUUCAGAUCGCAGUCGCGAGAGGGAGCAGCGUCACAGUCGCGAUAAGAAAAAGUCCCACCGGAAGGAUAAAGAAGAUGGCGAAUGAGCAUGGGAGUUGACGAUUUUCAGUUCAAAUAGCUCAAUUCAUGGCUAUAGGUCGAAAUAUUGAACUACUUAUUCGUAAAAAUAAAAUAAAAGUUAAAUACAGCUGCACGAAACCGAUAUCGCUUGGAUGGAAGAUAUCGGUUCGAACAAAAAAAAAAUUAUGUAUAAUAAAUCGUGUACCAUUAAGUAUA